UUUAAAGUGAAACCAGGAAGAUGGCUUCUUUAAAUAUGCAUUCUGUGGAUUUUGUGGAAGAUUUGAUUUGUCCAGUUUGUCUGGAAGUGUUUAACCAACCAGUAAUUCUGGAAUGUGGGCACAAUUACUGCAAGAAUUGCAUUGACCAGUUCUGGGAUCAUGAGGACAAACCUCAAUGUCCAGAGUGCCGAAGUGUUUGUUUGGGGAGCAGAUACACCAUUAACCGGCUGUUGUCUAGACUGGUAGAGAAAACUCACAGCCUGGCCCUGAGACAGAAUGUAGACAGAUCUACAGAUCCAGAGAAACAAGUCCAGCUUUGUGAAAUUCACAAGGAGGGUCUGAAACUGUUCUGUGAGGACUGUUUGAGUUCAGUCUGUCUCAUUUGCAGAGACUCACAAAAACACAGAGGACACAGCUUCUUACCAUUUGAAGAGGCAGAACAGCUGCUGUUAAAGGGAUACGAGAAUGAACUUAAAGUGUUGUCUUCAACUCUUGAAUCUCAACUGAAGGACAUCAGAGAACUACAAUCUAAGCAAGAACAGAAGAAGACAGACACCAAGAAUGAUACUCGUGACUUUAUGCAGUACAUUACAUCAGAAUUUGCAAAAAUGUACCAGUUUCUUCGUGAAAAGGAAGAGCAGCUGAUUCAGCAACUCAGAAAAGCAGAAACAGAGAUUAUUAAAGAGUUGGACUGGAGCCUGGUUAAAGUAGAGAGGGAUGUUAAUAAAAUCCAGAAGGUACUGUCUGAUAUCCACUCAUGGCUGCAGUAUCAGAGACUUGGAGAUCUUAGUGUGCUUAAGGAUGCAAGAAAUCUAAGUAGAAAGAGCUAUGCAGAUCUGCAACAAGAUGAAGAUUCUAAAGGCUGCCUUAAAACCCGUAACCAGAGACUGGGGCUGUACCGAGGCCCAUUACAGUAUUGUGUAUGGAAGAAAAUGAAAUCUAUUCUUAAUCCAGCCCCAGUUUCCCUGUUAUUGGACCCUGAUACUGCAAACAGAAGACUUAUCCUUUCUGAAGGUCAGACUAGUGUGAAAUACAGCUUGACAUACCAACAGUAUUGUCCUCACCCAGAGAGGUUUGAGUCAUUGCUUGCUGUUCUGGGAUCUGAACGAGUAACUUCUGGAAGGCACUACUGGGAAGUCAUUGUCGGGAACAAGAUUGAAUGGCAUGUGGGUGUUAUCAGAGAUUCCAUCAGAAGGCAGGGUCUAAGAGCAAUGAAUCCCGAAUCUGGAGGCUGGACUUUAUACCUAAGCAACCGUGUCAUAUAUAAAGCCUGUGAUUCACCCCCACAGAUCCUUAACCUGACGAAGAAACCCCAGAAGAUUGGUGUGUAUGUGGAUUAUGAGGGAGGCCAGGUGUCCUUCUAUGAUGCAGAUGACAUGUCACACCUGUACACCUUCACUGAUACCUUCACUGAUGUGCUACGCUUGUACUUAAACCCCUGUGAUAAUGAAUUUGGGAACAACUUGGAUCCUUUGAAAUUAUUUCACUUAAAGCUGUAGUGAGAACUGGCACAAAUAAUUCUGUGAUUUAUGUGUAUGUAUUGUUCACUCACUAAAACAUUUUCAUAUAAAAUGCUUAUCUACAUUCCGUUAUGUUGCUCAUACAUCCAGAAGUAAGUUCUGUGCUUUGUGUAGGUUCCACUGCAGAAUCUGCAAAUAGUAAACAAUGUUUUCUUGUUUUUUUCUCUUUACAGUUAUUUAGUGUGUUUCCAACUGUAGCAUUAAAACAGAUGAGACGUGUA